ACAAACUUGAAGCUUUUCAAAUGUGUUGUAUUGUAAUGUGUAUAACGAAACAACCGGGAGUUGCAAUAGGAAGGUUAUGUGAAAAGUGUGAUGGUAAAUGUGUGAUUUGUGAUUCUUAUGUAAGACCAUGUACUUUGGUGAGAAUUUGUGAUGAAUGCAAUUAUGGAUCUUAUCAGGGCCGAUGUGUUAUUUGUGGUGGACCUGGUGUCUCUGAUGCCUACUACUGCAAAGAAUGUACGAUUCAAGAGAAAGAU